AUGAUUGGGAGUACGUUCUGCUCUCUCGACCUUAAGAAGACUCCCCAGGUGACCUCGAGGCCUUCGGAAGUCCUGGGGAAGCGGUCGGGAAUCGGUAACAAAAAACGUCGGUGCGUCGGGGGGGCCCUCGAGGUUCUGCCGGCAUCGCCUGGGGCGGCAGGCGGUCGGUGGAACCGGUCGGUCAUUGGCCCGACCGGUUCCCCGGUGGGGCGCGGCGCGGAAACGGUCGGCCAUUGGCCCCCGAUCGAUCUAUACGGGAACGGGAUCGUCGAGGAUGUGAUGGAUCGGCUUCCCUCCAGCUCUCUCAGGCAGGGAGAAUCCCUCCCCCUCUGGUCCGUCUCACUGGGGUUCCAAUCCGGGGGCCCCUGCACGGACGAACGAUCAGCCACGCGCCGUCGAUUCCCCCUGAGCCCCCCGACCUGGUUCCGAUUCCACUACAUGAUCGUAGGUCGGUGGGACGAGCCUGGUCGAUCCGACGACGAUGGCCGGGCAACCGCAACCUCGUGCCCUGUUCGAGUACGAAACGAGUCACAACGCCAUCGUCUGCAGCGUGUGUCGCGUGGGGAUCCGGCCCGUAUGAAGGAGCGCCAUCUCUACGAGACACACGGGAUUCUCAACCCGACCGAAUGCCAGCGACACUUCGCCGCCAUCCCGGAUGGGACGGCCCCGCUCUACGACCACUCCGACUUUGUCCCACUCCCGGACGGCUCGCACCUAUUGCCGUCGCUCGCGAUCCACGAUCUCUGGGUCUGUGACAGGAAAAACAUCCAGCUUUUUCCACACAGCAUUUGCAGAGCGUGUGAAUGA